AUGGUCCGCCACGGAAGAUGCAGAUACCUCACCACCGCUGUGCUUACGGCUGCUCUUUCGACUGCAACCGUGGCAUUGCCCUGGGACUCGUGCAAAGCGGACAUCACCUGGGCACUAGGAAAUCAUACUGUAUCUCUCCAUGACAGCAAUAUCUUCCAUCCAACCUCCACUACAGAGUCACCGGUAUUGACACUUGGCGCUUGUGAAACCUACUGCGGAAAAGGAAGUACAUGGUAUCCUGACAUUGGACCAAUCCUUAACAUCUGGCUUAUACCUGUUCUCAUCCUAGUUAGCCAGAUGGAUGUCACACCUCUGGGAAAGAGGACGUACCGGGUCGUCGUCCAUCUACUUGGCGAUCCGAUCGACUCAAUCUAUUGUCUGCUGUUAAAGUUGGAAGCCUGGAGUCAGUGCCGGAGAAUAGCAGAAAGUGAAUGGAACCGUACCCACCCAAUGCCCAACGAUGCCAACGUACGUCCAGAAGUAUGGAUGGGGCGGGUGAGGAGACGACGAAGAGGGUGGCAAAUGCAUGUGUGGUACCUGAUUUCGAAGAUUUCGUAUGGCAAGAUAGGACAUUCGAUGACUGACGAAGAUCAUAAACGAAGCGAAUUCGUGAGAGUCUACGGAACUGUCUUAGGAGGGAUUGAAGAGGUUACAAACGAGGGUACUGACCCUCGCCAUAUCUAUACCAUGCUAUCCGAAGGUAUGUCUGAAUGUGAUCAGGAGAGAUUCCGGACCCGCGUGGCGCACGAGCUGGCAAAUAGCAGAACGGACGCGAUUUUCCGAACCAGCCUAGCAGUUUCUCUCUACUUCUAUCAAGUUGCAUGCGCCUUCGUUACAAGGCUAGGCGGAAGUGCCACUUCACCUCCCGGUGGACGGAUUGGCAUCUCCAUGUUCCUCACCUAUAUUCUGCCGGCAGUUUUACUGAGUAACCUCGUGGGGAGCUUUCCAUCGAUCUACACCUGUUUCGGCAUUAUCCAGAAGCAUCUGCCUGAAGGACGGGAUCUGCUCACACUUUUACAUAGCACCGAAUCACACGACGACAGGGAUGAAGCCGAAUCGUAUGACGAUAUAGCUAAACGAUACUUCGAGUCCCGUCCCUGGUCUGGGGCCAUCUACACUUUUCGGCCCAAAAAGGCCAUAUUCAACAGCAGGCUUUCAGGCGAUCAUCCACGCUGGGUUCUCUUUCUCCUCGCUAUAUGUCCCAUAGUCGUCUCAACUGUGAUCGCCCUGGCUAUAAUCUGGCACCUCCCCCCGUCUGGUGUGAAUUGCCGCUGGUUUGUUCUUUUCGUAAUCAGCGUUGCCUACUUCGGGAGUACCUUGAUCACUUGGCGGAGCAGAUCGAAACAUCUCAGUGGGCGCUGGCACUGGCGGUUGACCAUAAUCAAGGACUUUUUGAUCGCGGCUCCUAGCUUGAUCCUGCUCUUCGCAUCUAGUGGUGGGUUGUUCAACUCAUGCUUGUGCUGGAGUGGUCGGUUAACGCGUGGCAGAAAGGAAGCCAAGGUUGCGCUGACGUUCGAGCCAAAUAUCCGUAAGCUCUACCCCGCAUUGUAUGCUAGCUGUCUUGUCCUUCAAAUGUGCGCAUUUGUGUGUAUGGUGCUGGUCGAAUGGAAAGGCCUGACACUCAUGAGGUGGUCCCCCAAAAGAAGGUCGAACAUAAUUGCAGAGCUUUCUCCCAGUGUUGGGCCAGCGCCAGCUCCAGCACCAGCACCAGCACCAGCUCCAGCUCCAGCUCCAGCUCCAGCGCCAGCUGCAGACUCUAAGAACUCUCCCACCGUUGAAGUCGUUCUUGCCACUGGGCUUCGGAAGAGAGCAACAUAUAACUAG